UUAAAAAAUAACACCCCUCCGAAGCAUCAGCUUUUCAACCCUUCCAAGUUUUAACUAGUAAUAAGCAUUAUAAAUUCAUAACCCUGCUGCAAGAGUAAGCGCCUCACCGUCUCGGAAAUUUAAUAAUAAGUAACAACUCUAGCCGGCGCUUUGUUCAUCAACCGCUAGUAUGAAACCAGCUAUCAGAAGACUUGGAUCUGAAAAUGGGGGGUCUAAAGUAACCCCAGAAGCCGCUGUGUCUUUCACAAGACUCACCGUCUGGUUGACUUGCAUCUGGGCGCCAACAGGAAGACUCAAUUUGAUACUCUUCGAAGCUUUUCUCUGGUUUUCCAUUUUUUUGUGUCUGGGAUUUUUUUUCCCGCUGAUAGUAUCUGUGAUAAAGUUCAUCGAUGAUACCUUUGUGGUUAUGAAAUCAUUUAUCCAACUUUCGGCAAUUGUUAACUUUGUGGUCAAAGUUAUUGUCUGCAGGAUUUACCGGAAAGAACUGAAGGAGCUUGGAGGGUCAUUGAAUGAUUUUAUAAAAAACGCAAGUCAAAAUGACAGAUUGUACUUACAAAAAUACGUCAACAAGUGCUGGAUGUUCCACGGAUACAUGACGUGCAGUUACUACAUGACAACAACCGCGGUGUUGAUGGGACCCUUGGUAUUACCUGAAAAUUUACCCAGUAGUGCUGUCUACCCGUUUCCAGUGGACCACCCUGCCGUUGUUGCGAUUGUUUAUGCUCAUCAGGUCAUUGUUGGGUACCAAUGCUCCGCUGGAAUGGCUCUCGACUGUCAGGCUGCUUUGUUUCUCUGGUAUCUGAGUGCCCGAUUUGAAAUACUUAUCUCAGAAGUAGAAAACGUGUCGUCUGUAAAAGAAAUGGGAGAUUUUGUUAGAACACAUCAGGAAAUUCUGCGGUUUGCGGAUCGGGUUAUUCGGCCAAUUAGAUUUAUUGUUCUUACUACCGUGACCAUGACAAAAAUUGGAAUGAUUUUUGGAGCUUUGGUUCUUAUUUCAGAUGAACCAAUUGCCAUUAAAUUACAAUUUAGUAUAUUGGUUGUUAGUGCGACGAUAAAUAUUUAUGUUUGUACUUGGGCUGCUGAUAAUUUGCUGACUGUAUCAAGUGAAUCAAUCUCAGAAAAAAUCUUCAGCACAACUGCGAAGCACCCGCCGAUCAUCAGAAAGCUCUGGCUGUCAGUAAUUCACAGAACACAGAAGCCAAUUACGAUAAACAUUCCAGGUUUUCUAGAGACCCUCUCCAACGAGUACUAUGCAAACUUUCUAUCAACAGCGUUUUCCGUAUUCACAGCCAUGCAUGCCGUAGUAAGUUAAUAUAAAAGCUAGUAAACAAUUUUGUUCAUCUUACAGCUAGUUGAUUCUAACCGCCAUCAAACGACCAAUCAAUUAGAAUUAAUAACAAAUCCCUCAUUUUAAUUAAUCGAACGCAAUAAAAAUUUAUUACGUCUCUACUUUA